AUGCCUUGGCUUGCACCUCUCUGCCUCUGGGGCGCCGCAGCUGGGACGUUUGUUACCCUUCUCAUGAGCCCCGUCCCGUUGUUCCAGAAGGAUGUGCUGCUCAAGAUCCCUGGUAUCAAGGACUUUUUCGAGGAUACCACGCCGAUUAGCGACAAGCCUUUCUGA